AGCGGCUCAGCGCGCGCGAGACCGCCAGCCCCGGGUGGGUUGACCCGGGCGCGGCGCUCGCCGUGCCGCGCCGCUUUGCCAUGGCAAAGGUGAAGCGACCUGCCGCAAAGCCGAAGGCGAAAGCGGCGAACGCGGCGCUGAAGCGGCCAGCGGCACUGAAGCGGCCGGCCGCCCUUAAAGCGAAGCCGACGUCGUUGAAGACGCAGUAUGUCCUGGUCUCCGCCUACACGCAGAAGAUGGGCCAUGUGAUGUCCCCGCGGGUGGAAGAGGCGAAGGGCAUCACUGUCUUCCGACGAGAGCCGGACAGGGAAGGCUCGAGCUUUGGCAAGCUCGUCUACCACUGGAGCUGCACGGACUUCCCGUGCCCCACGUACAUGUGCUGCAAUCGCGCCCGCACACGGAUUUACACCGUGUCCGAGGUGGCAGAAGAGGGCACCUUGUCCGCCUACGCCUUCGAUGCAAAGAGCGGGCAGCUGACGCUGCUGAACAGCGCGCUCACCGGGGGCCCCAUCGCCUGCCACGUGUCCUUGUCCCGCAACGAGCGCACGUUGGCGGUGGCGAACUACGGAGGAUCAGUUGCGCUCUUCAAGGUCAACGCCAACGGCCGGAUCUCCCACCGCACCGAGCUGGUGAAGCAUGAGAGCCUCGGUGUGGGGGUGAACAAGGACCGCCAGGAGGGCCCGCAUCCGCACAUGGCAUGCCUGGACAAGCGGAACAAGUUCCUGCUGGUGCCUGACCUUGGCUUGGAUCGGGUGAUGACCUACUCGCUCAGCACAGGCGAACGUGUAGGCACCCUGAAGAGCGCGGGUCGUUUGUCGCUGCCGCCGGGCUCGGGCCCGCGGCACCUGGCACUGCACCCGGCGUCGAAUCGGGCGUACGUGCUGAAUGAGCUGUUGUCCACAGUUGUGACCUGUGACUACAACGUGGUCUCGGGGGAGCUCACGGCUCUGCAGACCGUGGACGCGGUGCCUGGUAGUCCCCCCGUGGGAGUGGAUGGCCAGACGUUCUGCUCGGCCAUCCGGGUUUCAGGAGACGGGAAAUUUGUCUAUGUCUCCAACCGCGGGCACUGCUCGAUCAGCGUCUUCGAGGUGGACGAGGGCCUCACCCUGCGGAGCUGUACUCUGACCGCGGAGGGCGAGGUCUUCGGCGACGCCCCUCUGGGCUGCCAGUGGCCGCCACGUAACUGCCCGCGGGACUUCGCCCUUUGCGACAAAGAUCGGUGGGCCAUCGUGGGAAAUCAGGACAGCGACUCUGUGGUGGUCCUGGCACGCGAUGCAUCCACCGGCGCUCUGUCCCCCACAGGUGUUUGGGUGGAGUGCGCCGCGCCGGCGUGCGUCCUGCCCCUCUUUUGAGCGGCUCGCUUAAUUUCGAGGCCUCGGGUCCCCUAUGUUCUGACACACCCC